GUAUAUCCCUCGUCCAGCAGGUCCUUGCCUCGCUUAGAGCAACCGAGGUGUUAACAGACGAUACUGAGCUAAUAUCGAGCAGUAAGCACCACAUGCCGCCAAGAAUAGAUCAUGAAUAAACUCUACGUGAAUCCUGCAGAGCCCGAGUCCAAGGCAUGGACCCAACCACUCCAUUCCAUUCCAUCCAAUCCAGACCCGGCCAGACCAGAUCAGACAACCACCGGCGUCACCGACACCAACUGAUCGCCGCCGUCCUCUGGACAGCAACGCUUAACUUAGAACCGAGCGUAGAAUAUUCGAAAGAUGCGCACGCCCGACUCCAAGUCUCCAACGCGUCUCCAACCGUUAUGCCACACCCAUGGACCGAAUGCGGGGAUUCCGCACGCAAUGGAUCCGGCCGAGUUCGGUGGAACUAUGCAGAGUCAGACGUGAUGAAUAGUAAACCGACGCGAGUCGGGGACUGCACACGUAGGCAGAUGGUACCCUAUGACAGCAAAGAGUGGCACGACAUGUUGGAUGGAACCCUGCGUGCGUAUCUACGACGUAUACCGGAGAACCGGGCAAGAUAUUCCCUGUCACUGUCAGUCCGUAGUCAAGAGUUAAUAGGCGAGGCCCACUCGGCAAGGUGACAACAUGCCGGAUCCGAUAUCUGUAUAGCCGCUGUUCUGGUUGGCCAGCGUGGACUGCAGAAAAUCCGGCUCAGCCGACGAUGAUUCGUGGACGCCGGAGUGUGCCGCGGUCUUCCGCUGCAGAGUAUCUGACUCUACGUAGACUAUUCUACGGUAGUCUGUAAAAAUUCAGGAGAUAGGUUAUCGUAUUCAACUUCAAUUAACUUCCA